CGGGGCCUGUGCUGCGCGUGACGUGGGCUCCCGAGGAAGAAGAAGAAGAGGAGGAGGAGGAGGAGAAGGAAGAGAAGGAGAAAGCCCCGAACUUGAUUCCAAGCCUUGCACAAGCCUGUCCUUUCUCGGAAGAAAGACUUAAGGGAGAGUGGGAAAGGGAAGGCAAGUAAGGAAAGGGAGAGCACGCCAUGCCCUCGCUCUGAAAGAGAAAGAGAGCGGGAGAAGGAAAGAAAGCCCCCGAUGCCCACUGGCGAAGGAGGAGCGCGUGGAGAGGGGCCUUUGGGCAAAGAGGCUCCCCUGGCCCUGGAGCCUGCCUCUUGACUGGUCCCCGCCCAAUCCCGAGGCCCCUUUUUCUCCGGGCGCAGGUGACACACCCUCCCGGUUUCCGCCCCUUUCCUCCUGCCGCCCGACGCCCUUCGUGCAGGGAAGAAGAGGGAGGGCAAGGAAGGAAGGGAGAGAAGGAGAAGAAGAAGGAGAAGAAGGAGGGAAAAGGGGGCAACCCAUGCCGGCGGAGGGCGAGGAGAGGAGGACGAGGCGGAGGCGGAACUGGUUUGGUCUCUCUGCUCCGGAGUGAAAAGGCAUCAUCCAGCGGCAGAAACCAGGCACCAAGCCGAGCCAUUCCCGGUGGCUGCUCCUUCUCCUCCUCCUCCUGCUUCUCCUCCUCCCUUCCCCAGCUCUGAAAAUCAAGCAAGGAGAGCUCGAAGGGCUGCGGGCUCAGCUUCCCAACGAUGUCCUCUCAAGCCAAGUUCAAGAAAGACAAAGAGAUCAUCGCGGAGUAUGAAACUCAAGUCAAAGAAAUUCGUACACAGUUGGUGGAACAGUUCAAAUGCUUAGAACAACAAUCUGAAUCCCGGUUGCAGCUCCUUCAAGACCUUCAGGAGUUUUUCCGCAGAAAGGCCGAGAUUGAACUGGAAUACUCCAGGAACCUGGAAAAACUGGCAGAAAGAUAUUCUUCGAAGAUUCGCAGCUCUAGGGAACAUCAUCAGUUCAAGAAGGAUCAGCACUUACUUUCACCUGUGAACUGCUGGUAUCUGGUACUGACACAGACACGGAGAGAGAGCAGAGACCAUGCAACUUUGAAUGACAUCUUCAUGAACAAUGUCAUUGUCAGACUUUCCCAGAUCAGUGAGGAUGUCAUCCGCCUAUUUAAAAAGAGUAAGGAAAUUGGUCUUCAGAUGCAUGAAGAGCUCCUGAAGGUUACCAAUGAACUCUAUACUGUGAUGAAAACAUAUCACAUGUAUCACGCUGAGAGCAUCAGUGCUGAAAGUAAACUGAAGGAAGCAGAAAAGCAAGAGGAGAAGCAAUUCAAUAAAGGAGGGGACAUCAGUGUGAACCUCUUGCGACAUGAAGAUAGACCACAGCGUCGCAGCUCUGUCAAAAAGAUUGAAAAGAUGAAGGAAAAGAGGCAAGCGAAAUACUCUGAAAAUAAAUUGAAGUGCACUAAAGCCAGGAAUGACUAUCUGCUAAACCUAGCAGCUACAAAUGCAGCAGUCAGUAAAUACUACAUCCAUGAUGUCUCAGACCUAAUUGAUUGCUGUGACCUGGGUUUCCAUGCCAGCCUGGCACGGACAUUCAGAACAUACCUUUCUGCUGAAUACAAUCUAGAAACCUCACGCCAUGAGGGACUGGACAUCAUUGAGAAUGCUGUGGACAACCUGGAUGCACGAAGUGACAAACACACAGUCAUGGAUAUGUGUAACCAGGUCUUCUGUCCUCCGCUGAAGUUUGAAUACCAGCCUCACAUGGGGGAUGAGGUAUGCCAAGUGAGUGCCCAGCAACCAGUUCAGACAGAGUUGCUCAUGAGAUACCACCAGCUGCAGUCUAGACUUACUACGCUCAAAAUAGAGAAUGAAGAGGUGCGAAAAACAUUGGAUGCCACUAUGCAGACAUUGCAAGACAUGCUGACGGUGGAAGAUUUUGAUGUCUCGGAUGCCUUCCAGCAUAGUCGCUCCACUGAGUCAGUCAAAUCAGCUGCUUCAGAGACUUACAUGAGUAAAAUCAACAUUGCCAAGAGGAGAGCCAACCAACAAGAAACUGAAAUGUUCUAUUUUACUAAAUUUAAGGAAUAUCUGAAUGGCAGUAAUCUUAUUACCAAGCUACAGGCUAAACAUGAUUUAUUGAAGCAGACUCUAGGAGAAGGUGAAAGGGCUGAAUGUGGGACCACCAGGCCCCCCUGUCUUCCCCCUAAACCACAGAAAAUGAGGAGACCUAGGCCUCUCUCAGUCUAUAAUCAUAAACUCUUUAACGGCAAUAUGGAAACAUUCAUUAAGGAUUCAGGACAAGCUAUUCCACUUGUGGUUGAAAGCUGUAUUCGAUACAUCAAUUUAUAUGGUCUACAGCAGCAGGGUAUUUUUAGAGUUCCCGGAUCUCAGGUUGAAGUCAAUGAUAUCAAGAACUCAUUUGAGAGAGGUGAAGAUCCUCUUGCUGAUGAUCAGAAUGAACGUGACAUCAAUUCUGUUGCUGGGGUCUUAAAACUGUAUUUCCGGGGACUGGAAAAUCCACUCUUUCCUAAGGAAAGGUUUCAAGACUUGAUCUCUACUAUAAAAAUUGAAAACGUUUCAGAAAGAGUGCAUCAGAUCCAGCAAAUUGUUAUUACUUUGCCACGAGCGGUCAUCAUUGUCAUGAGAUAUCUCUUUGCUUUCCUCAACCACUUGUCGCAGUAUAGUGAUGAGAACAUGAUGGAUCCCUACAACCUGGCCAUCUGCUUUGGACCAACCCUGAUGCAUAUUCCAGAUGGGCAGGAUCCAGUGUCCUGCCAGGCCCAUGUCAAUGAAGUCAUCAAAACCAUCAUUAUCAAUCACGAGGCCAUCUUCCCCAGUCUCAGGGAACUUGAAGGACCUGUUUAUGAAAAAUGCAUGACUGGUGGGGAAGAGUACUGUGACAGUCCCCACAGUGAACCAGGUACCAUCGAUGAAGCAGACCAUGACAACGGGACAGAGCCGCACACCAGUGAUGAUGAGGUGGAGCAGAUUGAAGCUAUUGCCAAGUUUGACUACAUUGGCCGGUCCCCACGUGAAUUGUCCUUCAAGAAAGGAGCCUCUCUCCUCUUGUACCAUCGGGCAUCUGAAGACUGGUGGGAAGGUCGACAUAAUGGUGUGGAUGGGCUCAUACCACAUCAGUACAUUGUAGUACAAGACAUGGAUGAUGCAUUCUCCGACAGCUUGAGCCAGAAGGCAGACAGCGAGGCAAGCAGUGGACCACUACUGGACGAUAAAGCUUCAUCAAAGAAUGACAUCCAGUCUCCGACUGACCAUAUUCCAGACUAUGGAUUUGGGGGAGUGAUGGGACGGCAAGGAAGUCCAACUUCACAAGCUGCAGGAAAUGUGGUGAGGUUGAGAUCAGAUGGAGCUGCGAUCCCUCGCCGCCGGAGUGGAGGGGAUACUCACAGCCCUCCAAGAGGGAUGGGACCUGGGAUUGACACCCCUCCACGAGCUGCAGCUUGCCCUAGCAGCCCUCACAUAUUACCUCUGAACAGGGGCAGGAUGGAGAGCCCAGAGAAGCGCAGGAUGGCAACUUUUGGGAGUGCUGGCAGUAUCAACUAUCCAGACAGAAAGGCACUGACAGAUGGACAUCCGCUGAGGCCGACCAGUAGUUCAACCCGGCACAGUAGUCUUGGAGAUCAGAAAUCACUAGAGGCUGAAGCCCUGGCUGAGGACAUAGAAAAGACAAUGAGCACAGCACUGAAUGAACUGCGUGAACUUGAGAGGCAAAAUACUGUGAAACAAGCCCCAGAUGUGGUCCUGGACACCCUUGAACCCAUGAAGAACCCACAGAUAGGUUCUGUCAACUCUGAACCAGCCAGUCCCCUUCACACCAUCAUGAUCCGAGAUCCGGAUGCUGCCAUGCGACGGAGCAGCAGCUCAACCACUGAAAUGAUGACCACUUUCAAGCCGGCCCUCUCAGCCCGGCUUGCUGGAGCUCAACUUAGGCCUCCGCCCAUGAGACCCAUCCGCCCAGUCGUCCAGCAUCGUUCAAGUAGCAGUAGCAGCUCAGGAAUGGGCAGUCCUGCAGUGACGCCCACAGAAAAGAUCUUCCCAAACAGCUCCUCUGAUAAAUCUGGCACUAUGUAGCAAUGACAUUACCAUCACACGGAAGUGUUUAUUAAGCAAAUGGGUAGCCAUCCCAAUUUUUGUUUAUUUCAGAUUGGAAACUAUGAUUGUACAAAAGAUAACAGUAACUGAAGAAAAAGACAGGGAAAAUGACUCUUGUAGCGAGUGUAGGUGUGGCUUAAGUAUUUCAUGAUAUUGAACACCCAUUCUCUUCAAGAGUGCUGGAAUUAUUUGGUACAACCAAAUAAGAUGGUCAUUUUAUGUAUUACCACUGGAACAUAAAAGUCUGUGUAGAAGUAUGUGUAUAUAUAAAACUGUACAUAGUUCAGUUACAUUUUAGUAGAUUUACCUCAAAAACUCACCCCUAGAUUUAUUCUAGAGAGCGUUUUUGUGUGUGCGUGUGAGUGAAUUACACAGCAACCAUGCAGAAAGCAAUAGUCAAUUGGUCAGUUCUUGAAUUGAAUUUUCACACCAGUUUGACUUGGCUUUAGCGUGGCAAACAAAAGAGCACACCAAUUAGGUGUCCUGAAGGUACCGAAGUACAUCUGAUGCUAACGUCUAUCCUGCAAGAUGGAUGGAUCUUCAUCUUCAAACUCAUCUCUUAAAGACUGCUUCAUUGAAACAUGGAAGCUUGUGGUCAUUUCCCGAUUGGAAGAGUACACCACUUGCGGACAUAAAGAAUGAAAAGUAGUACACCUCCCUCUUGUGCAAAGGAGAAACCUAGGAUUUUCUGUACGUACUUCAUGUUGUAGCACAGUGUUAUGUAUGUACAAAUGAAACUCACCUCCUACUGUUCUCAAAACAGAAGAGGACUCUGAAGUAACCUGUGGUCAAUAAUAAUAAUAAAUAAUAAAUAAAUAGGCUAACUUA